GUCUCUGUCUCUUUCUCUAUAUGUCGAACCUCAACCGGUCCAUUGUCAAGUCCACUCACUCUCUUUUAACUAAGUUUAGCUGGGCAUCGAUUGAAUAAGUUUUUAGCUAGCUUAAGAAGAUUUGUUAGGGUGGCUUAAUCCAGUAUUAGGAGUAGUGUUUGAAGUUGGUGCAGUGGUAGAAGUCCUUCAUCGUCAAGAAUGUCGUAGCUGCUGCCAUUGUGUUGAAGCGCAUUGAUUCGCCAAUUCUUGAAGGCGGCUGAGUUAGGGUUACGGAGUCAGUAAUGGCCGAUUUUCAGACCUCGACUCACAAAGCCAAAUGGAUCUUCACCUCUCAACAGCUGGUUGAGAAGCACAAAGUUACUAAUCAAAGAGCCAAGCAAAUGCUGGAGAAGUAUGGAACAACAAGAAUGGAAGUAGAUGUUGAUGGAUCACUGUCAUACCCUGAACCUCAAGUUAACGCAGCAGACAAUGCUGAUAAGCAUUCUCGUCCAAAAUCGCUCAGUGUUGAAGAAGAACAAUUUAUGCGAGUAUACUAUGAAUAUAAACUUCGAGAAGUGUGCAGUGCCUUUUACUUUCCUCAUAAAAUUCAGGCAACAGCACUCAUAUACUUCAAGAGGUUUUAUCUUCAAUGGUCGGUCAUGGAACAUGAUCCAAAACAUGUAAUGUUAACCUGUAUAUAUGCAGCUUGUAAGAUCGAAGAAAAUCAUGUAUCAGCAGAGGAGCUUGGUAAGGGGAUUUCACAGGAUCAUCAAAUGAUUCUCAAUUAUGAGAUGAUAGUGCUCCAGAGCUUGGAAUUUGAUCUUAUUGUCUAUGCUCCAUAUCGUUCAGUUGAAGGUUUUAUCAAUGAUAUGGAGGAAUUCUGUCAUGCAACGGAUGACCAAAUUCAAAUGCUGAAGGAUUUGCAAGCAACUGCAACAGCGGAGGUUGACAAAAUCAUGUUUACUGAUGCACCACUGCUUUUUCCUCCUGGGCAGUUGGCAUUGGCUGCUUUGCGAAUUGCAAAUGAGAUGCACCAGGUUCUUGAUUUUGAGAGAUACCUCAGGAACAUUCUUUCUCGUCAGAAUUCUGUGCACACGAUUUCAGAUCUCAUUGGAUCUCUAGAUGCCAUAGAUUCUUGGGUAAAGAAGUACAAGUUCCCUACAGAAAAGGACAUGAAGCACAUAAACCGGAAGCUGAAGUCUUGCUGGGGUCAUGGCUCCCAUGACGAUAAGAAACGGGAGAAGAAAUCAAAACACAAGUCCCAUAAGAGUUCAAAUGAAAUGCAAAAUGGCCCAUCCCUUGCAUAAUUAUACAUGGACGGACCUUCAGUCUUUUGCUGGUAAAUUUGCAUCUGGGUUGGGAGAGGAAUUAUGCCAGUGAAAAUGAAAUUUUGAUGUAUUAGAUGGCCUUGAAUACAAAGCCAUGAUUUUCAAUGGAUCUUCUAAAUGUUUUAGCAAGGAAAAUCUGUGUUUUUUACUUCCAAGAAAUACAAGAUGCAUGAUCCCAGAAUUCUUAGCUUGCAGUUCUGUAAAAUUGUAGAGAUUGAAGUUCAUUUCAAGUUAAAAGGACAAUUUUGCACUAGGAAUGAUCUGAGUAAAAUUUUCUCUGUUGUCAUCUGCAUGCUACUGCCUGUGAAGAAAAAGGUAGCAAUGUUUUCUUCAAGUCUUUUACUGGAUUAAGUCAUUAUGAGAAAAAUGGACAAAAAGCAUGUUUAACACUAA